CUAGAUAAUGGCUACACAAGAACGCAAUCUUCCCUUUGGGAAGAUCGAGCCUAACUCGGCUAAGUACUUCGCGAGCUGUACGCUGGGAGGCAUUGUCGCUUGUGGCCCAACCCACACGGCGGUGACACCGCUGGACCUAGUGAAAUGCCGUCGACAAGUCGACCCGAAGAUCUACACGUCGAACCUGUCCGCGUGGCGAUCGAUCAUGGCCAAGGAAGGGGUGCGCGGGGUCUUUUUCGGAUGGACGCCGACGUUCCUGGGGUACUCGCUGCAGGGCGCCGGCAAGUACGGGUUCUACGAGUACUUCAAGUACCUGUACGGUGACCGGCUGUUCCCCAACGCCAACCGCACGGUGGUGUUCCUGGGCGCCAGCGCAUCGGCCGAGUUCUUCGCCGACAUGAUGCUGUGCCCGCUGGAGGCGAUCAAGGUGCGCAUGCAGACCACCCUGCCGCCGUACGCGCACAGCCUGCGCGACGGCUGGCGCAAGGUCGCCGCCAAGGAGGGCGUCGCCGGCCUCUACAAGGGCCUGUAUCCCCUCUGGGCCCGCCAGAUCCCCUACACCAUGACCAAGUUCGCCACCUUCGAAGAAACCGUCAGCAUGAUCUAUAAGACUAUCGGAAAGCCCAAGGAGCAGUGCUCCGGCCUCCAGCAGACCGGCGUCAGCUUCCUCGGUGGCUACAUCGCUGGUAUCUUCUGCGCCAUCGUCAGUCAUCCUGCUGAUGUUAUGGUUAGUAAGUUGAAUGCGGAUCGGAAGGCUGGCGAGGGCGCGAUGACGGCCGUGUCGCGGAUCUAUCGCAACAUCGGGUUCUCGGGCUUGUGGAACGGAUUGCCUGUCAGAAUUGUCAUGCUCGGUACUUUGACUGGAUUCCAGUGGUUGAUCUAUGAUUCGUUCAAGGUGUUCCUUGGAUUGCCGACCACCGGUGGACAUUAAUGCGUCGAAGGUGUAAUGUGCUUCUAAUGACUAGCGUUGCUUUGUUUGUAUCUUCAUGACACUUAGGAGUUCGUGGAAUUUUACUUGUGUAGACGAAGU